AUGCGACCAAAAUCAAGGCCGGGUUGCCAUGGCGAAAUUGCCGUCGAAGACUCGCCGGUCAAUGAAGCCUUCAUCAAAAUGGUGGCGACCGAGCGCAAGGCCAGCAAGGCAGGAGAGGGGCGAGUCAGAACACUACAUAUACCCACGGGUCCCGAACGCAGAUGGACGGACCGCGUACACGCUUCACGUAAUUUUGCUCAGUUGACGGCAUCUCUAACACGGGCGACCCUGCUACAGGAUAUGGCUGACAGCCGCCCACAAGACGGUCGCAGCAUUGCACAACGACACUACCCCAACAAACAUUUCGUCAAGCGAGAAAGCGACCAAGACAGGAGCGCGCCCAUCCAGCCACAGGGACAGGGUCAGCCUCCUCACGACAACGGCUUCAACACCCGAGCAUGUCGACGAGGCGAGGCCGAGGCUCCCGACCAAGACAGAGCCAAUCGUCAGCCUUCUCGAUCUCAGAUGCCCCCGUCAGUGAAGAUUGAGCGGCGCAGUGCAAGCCCACCUUUGCACGGUGCGAGCAGAGCGCACGGAGCAGCCUCAGCGAACGUGCCACGAGCGCACGCAAGUUUCCGCCCGUCCGGCGCCCGCGCCAACGGCACUGAAGGCAUCGCCAUGAUCCAUGGCAGGGGUGGCGCUGUCGAUUCCGUCGCCAAGCGGGACCCGGACAUCGAGCUCGAGCCAGUCACCGCCUCUGGCCCGGCUGGUGGCCGUGCCUGGGUACAUGGCGUCGAUUUCCUGCUCAACAACACCUAUCAGAUCUGGCCGUUGAGAGAUCAUCCGGAGCCAGGCCGCCCAGAUACGUUGGGGAGGCGCACCAGGCGUUUCAGGUGCGAGGGACCAGAUGCAUAUCUCGGCCCCGACCGCUACCCCGACAUGGUCAAGGCCGCCAAACAGCAACUGGCGGCACAGUACCCACACGUCCCGGCCGAGGACUGGGUGGUCACCCUGCCCAAGAGAAUCCGACAGUCGCUCUUCCUCGACGUCUUUGCUAAGAACAACUUGACGUACAGUAAGAUUAGAGACGCUGACCUCUCGCCAUUCAAGCUUGCCUGCUCGAGCGCACCGUAUCCCGAAAAUCAGGUCUUGCUUCGCGUCGACUUGCUUGAUAUUCGCAAUGAACGCCGCGACGUCUAUAACUCGAUGCGGAAGGCUCUGGCUGAUCACGGCAAGAUCAUCGCCUUCUGGCCAACUUUUUACAAGGACACAAUCAUCAACGACAAACCGACUCAGUCCGACUUCACUGGCACCGUAUAUGCGCUGCUGAGCUGGGAUUCGAAGCUAUGCUGGCCUAGUGACCGCGUCAACACGAAAUUCCUGCCGGCGUUCCUCGAUUUCGCUGAACUGCCGUUCCCGAAGAGGCUCCCGCUCGUCUUCACCGGUAGGCCAGCCGAUUGCGAGCAAUGCAGCGGUAAAGAGCCUUUGCACCUGGCCAAAGACUGCCCCAGCCGCAAGUGCAAGUGUGGAGGCAAUCACAGCGCAAAGAACUGUCUGCGCAAGCACAACCGUUUCUCGCGGGGCGGACGCAAGUAG